GCAGCUUGACUCUGCCACGGCACCACUGUCACCCUGGGGACAUGAGGUGGAUUCUCUUCUUUGGGGCCCUUAUAGGGUCCAGCAUCUGCAACCGAGAAAAAUUUUUUGGGGACCAAGUUUUUAGGAUUAAUGUCAGAAAUGAAGACGAGAUUAGCAAAUUGAGUCAGCUGGUGAAUCUGGACAACUUGAAGCUCUCUUUCUGGAACUCUCCCUCCGCCUUCGGCCGGCCGGUGGAUGUCCUGGUCCCAUCUAUCAGUCUGCAACCAGUCAAGUCCUUCCUGAAGUCCCAGGGCUUGGAGUACUCAGUGACAAUUAAGGACCUGCAGGCCCUUUUAGAUAAUGAAGAUGAAGAAAUGCAACACAAUGAGGGGCAAGAACGAAGGAGCAGUAACUUCAACUAUGGGGCUUACCAUUCUCUGGAAGCCCUCCAGCGCGAGAUGGGCGCCAUAGCCUCGGAGUCCUCUCACCUGGUGAGCAAGGUGAAGAUCGGGAAUUCGCACGAAAACCGUCCAAUGUAUGUCCUAAAGUUCAGCACCAAGACAGGCAGUCGGCCGGCCAUCUGGCUGAAUGCAGGCAUCCACGCACGCGAGUGGGUCUCCCACGCCACCGCCAUCUGGACGGCGAGGAAGAUUGCGUCUGAUUACCAGAAGGAUCCAGUCAUCACCUCCAUCUUGGAAAAAAUGGAUAUCUUCUUGCUACCGGUGGCCAAUCCUGAUGGCUAUGUGUACACACACACGAAAAACCGGUUAUGGAGGAAGACACGGUCCCCAAAUCCUGGAAGCCACUGCAUUGGUACUGACCCAAACAGAAACUGGAACGCUAGUUUUGCAGGCAAAGGAGCCAGUGACAACCCUUGCUCCGAAGUGUACCACGGACCCCAUGCCCAUUCGGAAGUGGAGGUGAAAGCAGUGGUCGAUUUCAUCCAAAGACACAAGCACUUCAAGGCUUUCAUCGACCUGCACAGCUACUCACAGCUGCUGAUGUACCCCUAUGGCUACACGAUCAAGGAGGCCCCGGAUGCCGCCGAGCUGGACAAGGUUGCCAGGCAAGCGGCCAAGACUCUGGCUUCCCUGUCGGGCACUGAGUACCAAGUGGGGCCCACCAGCACCACUGUCUAUCCAGCCAGCGGGAGCAGCGUUGACUGGGCGUAUGAUCACGGCAUCAAGUAUGCGUUCACGUUCGAGCUGAGAGACACAGGGCACUACGGCUUCCUCCUGCCGGCCAGUCAGAUUAUCCCCACCGCAGAGGAGACCUGGCUGGGGCUGAAGGCCAUUCUGGAGCACGUGCGGGACAACCUCUACUAG